AUGAGGCUUCAGCGGUUGCUAAUUGUGGUGCUGUGCACUUUGGCGUCAUCUGUCGUUGCUGAAAAAGUACUCGUGACAAACGAGUCACCUCGGUUCUGCACAGGCAUGUACAGUAAGCAAGACUGGGAUGGUGAUAUCGAACCUCACAUCGAAGUGGAUUUACAAGAUUUCAAAUUGGGCAAUAACAACGUGCAAUCCGUUUCUAUCGUCAUAUUUGAAUAUAACGAUGUGGAUGCAUUGGGAGUGAGUGUUUCCGAUCUUUCACUCCCAAAGAUGAACUAUGUGUGCUCGGAAGAGCUCGUUGCCAAAGGGUUAUGUGACACUAGUGAACUGUAUCAGUUCAUUGUUAACAAGAACGUCACUCCAAAGUCCGAGAUAUUGUCCGACGCGCUUAUCAUUUAUGGUGAUAAUGGCUUGCAUUACCCGAUUUCAAAAACAGGCUACUACUGCGUAGCAUGUUCUUCUCCACUUGAUUUGGGAAAAUCGCAGAACAAAUUCAUAGUUCAGGUAAACUUCCAGAAUUCCUAUGGAAAUUUGCCUGCAGCAGAAAUCCCCAAGCUGAAGUUUUAUGGCCUGCUGGCUGUUCUGUAUGCGGUCAGUCUGUCUGUAUACCUGUUCCAAAUGUUCAUCCACAGAUCUGAGCUUCUCAAGUUACAGAAAUGCCUUGCAGGGGUUUUUGUGUUCUUGACGGUCGAAACCAUCUUCACAUGGUCUUUUUAUGCCUCCCUUAAUGAAAACAAAAUGUCUGUAUUGCACCCAUCUACAGAUGGUGUUAUGCUUCACAAGGUGUUCGUAUCUUCUUUGAGUGCGCUCAAGGUACCGCUUGCACUUGGGCUGUUGGUUCUCAUCGCUCUUGAUUUCAACCCUAUAUAUUCUGAGAUCAUACAAGAUGACCGAGAGUUUUGGGGAUCUUUUUUUCUUAAUGGUUUUUGUUGCUUCGGGUUUGGCAUGGUUUUUACUCUGUUGUCAUUCUUCUCCGUAUCCCAGCCACCCUCAGGUCCCUUUGGUGCUUACAACGACCAAGACUACACGGUGGGAUUGUGGAUUACAGGUAUCGAGUGUACUUUUAAUUAUAUGGCCGCUUACUACUUUGCUUUCGAAUGUCUCUCGAAAACCCAGAAGGUGUUGGCGGAAAACAAACUGCACGCGAAACUGAAGCUUUACCAGAUGUUUUUCUGGUUUCUAUGUGUAUCUGUGCUGCUGCUGAUUUCUGCUACAGUGCUCUUAUUCAUUUUGAAGAGCGCCAACUUACUUACCGAAUUUAGGACCCUCAGGAGCCAGUUUGAUUUCUUGUCCUCUUGUCUUUUUUUUAUUAUGUUCAUCAGUGUCGCCUUCAUGUUUAGACCCAGCCAUAAAUUAUAUAUUUUGAGCUGCAGCGAUAAGGAUAUUGGAGAUGAAUUCUUUGAGGAACCAUAUGUUGGGGUUGAUAGCGGCGAUUUUGAAUUGGAUGAUCUGGCCGGAGAGGAGAGUGCUAGAUUGGUCGGUUCUUCCGAAAACCCAUAUGACGGUGAGCGAGAACUUGAUUCAAAUAACCAACCUCAUAAUGGCGGGAAUGAUGAAAAAAUUUCGCCUCCUCCUAGUUAUGGUGAACUCAAACAUGUCGAAUCAGAGUUCGGACGGAGAUCUUUUUAG